AUGCAAACGAUCAGAGGAUAUGCGAAGUCCCGUUCAGUCUGCGAGCCCAAAUACCGCGGUGUUGACUUGCGGUCGCCGUCGCCCGAAGAAGAUCCGCGUGAUUUCUGGGUCUAUGAACCUAGGCGAAAAGGUCUUGGUCCUCCAUUACCUCGGAUAGACGCACAGGACGCAUAUGAUAGCGACGACUAUUUGGAGUCUGAUGAGGACUCGGAUUCUGUGCACUCGGAAUACGUCGAUUCUGAAUACGACAGCUCGGGCUCUGAGGCUUCUGAACCUGACCAAUCUGGGAGCGAUGCUUCGGAAGAUACGCCACCAGAAAACACCUGGGAUGAGCAAGAGGAAGAUGUGUUUGAGCGCGGAGAUCUUGUCUGGAUCAGUAUGCAAGGGAAAUGGUACCAUGGUAAAGUUCUCAAGCAAGUACACUCAUCAAAGCGGCCAAAUUGCAUCAUGUACACCGUCUUCUUCCGAGGCAACCUCAAGGCAAAUCUAGCACCAAUAGAUGGGACGAUCAAGCAUGAUACGCCAAAAGUCCGCAGGUGGUUUCACAGUGGGCGAACCACGCCGCACGGCGACAGGGACAGUGAUGACGAACUUGUAGGCGUUGUAUCCAUGCCCGGGACACCUGCAUCGCGAUCGCGACCCACAUCUCGCCCGUCAUCGCCCGGCCCUGGAGGGGCUGCACGACACGCCCGUAGACACCUCCAGUUGUCUUCGACAAUCCAGAGUGCUCGAACUGAUCCACUCAAAGUUUUCCCUACUGAGGUAUCGCAGCGUAUAUUCUCUCGGCUCUCUAUCCGAGACCUUGCCAGAUGUACACGGGUGUCUAGGAAGUGGAACAAGAGCCAAACGUUGAACUAUGUUUGGUUCCAGUAUUAUCGAAAAGAGAACUUCCAUGAUGAAAGCUUGCCUCCUGGCAAAUGGACCAAGCGCGAGUCAAAGCAGAAUUGGCGGAUAAUGCACUUGCAAACUAUCGCCAAUCGCUCCCAAGAACUUGGGCCAAUCUACCAUUCGUACUCUGGCCGUUCCACACCUGGGGGCUCUGGUCAUCAGACACCUCGAGAGUUACGCGAUGAAAAGUGGCGCCAGGAAGCGGAAGGAGAAACCAAGCUGUCGAAGAACGAGAUGCGUGAGAUGUACAAGGAGCUGGGUGGCCGGAAAACGAAGAGCAAGAUGAAAGUGGGCGCGCCAGGCGGGCAGAGAGAUAAAGGUGGCUGGACUGAGCAUGGGAGUGAAGGCUUGUAA